AUGUCUGACCACGAGUUUGGAGCCAAUGACGACCUGUCGCUCCCCAAAGCCACCGUGCAGAAGAUAGUCUCAGAGAUCCUGCCUUCCAGCACUGGAGUAACAUUUGCAAAGGAAGCUCGCGACCUGCUCAUAGAAUGUUGCGUCGAGUUCAUUACUUUGAUCUCCUCCGAGGCCAACGAAAUCUCAGAGAAGGAAGCCAAGAAGACCAUCGCUUGCGACCACAUCACCAAGGCGUUGGAGCAGCUUGGCUUCUCUGAUUACGUCCCAGCCGUGCUCGAGGCAGCACAAGAGCACAAGGAAACACAAAAGGGUCGUGAAAAGAAACAGGACAAAUUUGCCAGCAGUGGCAUGUCGAUGGAAGAAUUAGCCCGCCUUCAAGAGGAGCAAUUCGCCCAAGCCCGGGAGCGCCAUGGAUAA